GCGCGGGCUCGAACGUGUGCUGCCAUCAGGAUGCCUGAAGUAAGCACUGAUCACCUGGAUGAGCAGCAGGUGCAGCUCUUGGCAGAGAUGUGCAUCCUUAUCGAUGAAAACGAUAACAAGAUUGGAGCGGAUACCAAGAAAAACUGUCACUUGAAUGAAAACAUUGAUAAAGGUUUACUGCACCGAGCUUUCAGUGUUUUCUUAUUUAAUUCAGAAAACAAACUGUUGCUGCAGCAGAGGUCAAAUGCAAAAAUUACAUUUCCAGAUUGUUUCACCAACACUUGUUGCAGUCAUCCUCUAAGCCACCCACUAGAGCUGGAAGAAAAUAAUGCCAUUGGUGUUCGAAGAGCAGCACAGAGACGACUGAAAGCCGAGUUAGGAAUUCCCAUGGAGCAGGUAACUCCAGAAGAAAUCUCCUAUCUGACACGAAUUCACUACAAGGCCAAAUCUGAUGGGAUCUGGGGUGAACAUGAGAUAGACUAUAUCUUAUUUGUCCAGAAGGACGUAACGCUGAAUCCUGACCCUAACGAGAUCCAAAGCUACUGCUAUGUGACACAGAAGGAACUGAAGCAGCUCUUGGACAAAGCCUCCAAGAAUGAAGUUAAGAUUACGCCGUGGUUUAAACUCAUUGCAGAGACCUUUCUUUUUAAGUGGUGGGAUAACUUAACUAACUUGAACAAAUUUGUUGAUCAUGAAAAAAUACACAGAAUGUAAAUAGCUGGGGUAAAAGAUGCUGGAGGCCAGCAGUGAUGUGCUGUCUCAUUAACACUGUGGUAACUCAUGACUCUCUGAGUGCAAAAAAUGGGUCUGCCUGGAGCAUGUUUAACAAAUAGUUUCAUACAAAGAUGGUUAUAGCCGGUAUGUUUCCUUCUCUCUUCACCUCCUUUUCCUCCCAGCCCUGUUCCUCUGGGGUGAGUUAAGCUUGGUCUCAUGUGAGGUGGGUAAUGGUAAUAUAAGAAACCCCCUGGGUUCAUCUUUUUCUAUUCCCUCGUGUGAUACAGAAGAUCCUCAGCCUGUGUGUGC